AAAGGAAAAAGGAAAGAAACAAUAGUGACAAAAAGGAAAGGAAUAAUGAAAAAUUGGAAGGAUGAAAUUAAUCUCGAGCAGCUCAUCCGAUUGCCCUCAGGCGAUUAUGGUGUCUCCGACUCCUCCUCACUCUCGCUCUUAGUACGAUCGCCGACCGACCUCCGGAGCUUUCUUCUCUGUUUUGCUACUCGAGGUUUCUAUUCUCUUACUCAUACUUUUUCUCCUGAGAUUUGGGCUUUUGAUUUUUAGCUUAAUUCUUCUGGUAAGUUGAAAUAGAUCGUUGAAUCAAUGAAAUUACUUCAUGGUGAAUAAGUCUUUAGCUUUUAUUUUUCACAAGUCUGUGAUUUUAAUUUUACUAGGCGAAUUGGAUUUGUUGUUGUAGCAUCGAUAACUUUGUUUCGGUUAGUUAGAUGAAUUUAAUGGUGGUUGGGGGACCAUUUGCUUUCAUGGGAAACCCUAGCUGAGGGGACCGUGAUUGGGAUCGAAACCUAACUUGCUGUCUCCUUUUGUUAGUUCAAUCUUUAUUGCUGGAGAUAGCUCCCUUCGUCGCUUUGCUUGGUGCCGUUUUCUUUGACAUAUACUUUAUUCAAUGUGUGAAUUUGUAGAACCCAAUAGUAAGUAAGCUUUUAGGUUUAGGAUGUUAGCUAAGAACUUUCUGCAAGUACAAACGGAGGAAUGGGUAGGGAAGGGUUUGUAAUUGUGAUGGCUUUUGGUUUAUGACUUGUUUAAGUCGUGUUCUUUAACAAGUUGUUGAUUUUUCUGGGCAAUCUGAUUUGAGGAGUGUGGGACCAGUUGGAAUAAAUGCCACUUAGUUUUUCUGUGAUGGAGAGCGCAAGAGGGAGCUAAGAAAAGUAAUACCCUUUCUCUUGCCCUUUUUGUUGGUCUGGGUGAAACAUAGCAAAGUUUCUCUUGCUGAGGUUAAUGAUAAACGGGUGGGUUAAAAAACAACGUCCAUGAGCAGUGUGUGGUGCUUGAAAUUCUCAUAAGGUUUUCCUCCUUUCUUAUGGUUUUGUAGUUAAUGGUGUUGUUCUCUAUUAGGUAUCUGUUUGGCUGGCCAUACUAUUUUUAGGCCUGUCUAGUCUUCUCUUAUUUGAUUUUGGCUUUCAUUUAUAAUUCUUACUUCUGCAAACUUAUGGUUGUUUCAGUUUCUGUUACUCUGGCAUUUGGUGAUAGGUCUAUGAAAUCAACCAACAUCUUGAAUGGACUGCAACAUGGUAUCUCCGUUCCCGUGGGACUGGGAGAAUUUGAUCAUGUCCAAUCCGUCAAAGACUGAAAAUGAAAAAAGGCAGCAAUCUACUGAGUGGGAAUUUGAAAAAGGUGAUGGAAUUGAAUCUAUAGUUCCAGAUUUCUUAGGCCUUGAGAAAGUCAGUAGUGUCUCUGCCACUAGUUUCUGGCACACUGCUGUAUCAAAAAGCUCGCAGUCGACCUCUAUCAACUCAUCAUCUCCCGAGGUCAAACGAUGCAAUCUUGCAUCACAAAGUUCCCCUGGAGAUUCUUCCAGCAACAUAGAUUUUGUCCAGGUGAAGGCAUCUACAGCUCUCGAGGUAUCUGUUGCCUCAGCUGAAUCAGAUCUUUGUUUAAAACUAGGAAAACGGACAUACUCUGAAGAAUUUUGGGGUAGCAACAAUAAUGACAUUUCAGCAGUUUCUAUGAAUUUGUUGACUCCAUCUGUUGUUGCUCGGAAGAAAACCAAAUCGUGUGGUCAGAGCAUGCAAGUUCCGCGUUGCCAAAUUGAUGGCUGUGAGCUGGAUCUCUCAUCUGCUAAGGAUUAUCAUCGCAAGCAUAGAGUCUGCGAAAAGCAUUCAAAGUGCCCAAAAGUUAUUGUGAGUGGCCUGGAACGUCGUUUCUGCCAACAGUGUAGCAGGUUUCAUGCUGUAUCAGAAUUUGAUGAGAAGAAACGAAGCUGCCGCAAACGUCUUUCUCAUCAUAAUGCAAGGCGUCGCAAGCCACAAGGAGUAUUUCCACUGAAUUCAGAGAGGAUGUACGAUCGAAGACAGCACACAAGUAUGUUGUGGAAUGGGUUGUCCCUUAACACGAGAUCUGAAGAAAAGUACGCAUGGGGUACCACUAAUGAGACAAAGCCUACACAGAUGGAAAGCGGCUUUACUCUGAGCUUCCAGAGAGGUAAUGGCUCUGAGGAGCAGCAGUUUGCUAGUAGCAGCCUCUCUUUCUCUGCGUUUCAAACCUCUGGCGGGUUCCCAGCAGGGAAAUCCAACGUUCAACUUCCUGACAAAGGUGUGGGAGAAUGCUCAGGAGGCCUCCAUGAAUCUCAUGAUUUCUACAGUGCUCUCUCUCUUCUGUCAACGACUUCGGAUUCACAAGGGAUCAAACACAAUCCCGUGGCUGAACCACCGCCAAUAUUUGGCACUUUCCCUACUCAUUUCAUAUGAAAGAGUAAGGAAGUCACUCCAUAAAAAGUCGGGUUGCAUUCGAUGGAGUUUGUUUUCAAAUAAAAUAAAAAUGGGUGACGUUCAUUGCUCAGCUAAACCAGUUACUGGGUUAGCUCAGCUUUUCUAAUACAUUUCCAAACAUAUUAAGUCAAUUAUUCCUGGAUUCUGUUGUAUAUCAACUUUGUUACUCUGUCAAACAUGUCUACGACUAUGUUAAAACCAGUUCAGAGAUCAUUGAUUUUUAAUAGUUUAAACAUC